AUCAUAAACGAUGAAGAAUUCGUCUUGCUGUACGAUAUCAACACUGCAAAAAGCCCUGACUUUCCCUACUGGAAUUACGAGGCCUUUGAACUCGACAACAUGUCCGACGAUGAGUGUCAAGCCGAAUUUCGCUUUUAUAAGAACGAUGUCUGUGACUUAAUGGAAGUCUUGGGUUUUCCAGAGACUUUUACGUGCUACAAUGGCUUGACGGUAGAUGGUACUGAGGCUCUUUGCAUCCUUUUAAAAAGAUUUGCGUACCCUUGCCGUUAUCUCGAUAUGAUUCCGAGGUUUGCUAGGCCCGUGUCUCAGCUCUGUAUGACAAGUAACAUGGUUAUGGACUAUUUAUAUACGCACUGGAGUCAUUUGUUAACCUCGCUAAAUCAGCCUUGGCUUUCGCCUGAUAAUUUGGAGAUAUUCGCUAAUGGUACUUUUCAAGCUGGCGGAGCUUUGCGGAAUUGUUUUGGAUUUGUCGAUGGAACGGUCAGACCUGUUUCCCGACCCGGCAAAAAUCAAAGAGUACUGUAUAACGGACACAAAAAAGUUCACGCCAUAAAGGUUCAAUCCGUUGCUGUUCCAAACGGUCUAGUAGCCAAUUUGUAUGGACGGGUAGAGGGAAAACGACACGAUAGUUCAAUGCUAGCGUAGUCUAGUUUAUAUAAUCAACUGGUAUUAUAUUCUAGGGCCACAAAUGGAGAUCCAUUAUGUUUAAAUGGUGAUCCUGCGUACCCUUAUCGUCCGCAGUUGCAAAGUCCUUUUAAAGAAGCAAGGCUUACUCAGAACGAGAUGGACUGA